GUCAGCUGUAUCCUCCAUUUGUUAUAUCAGAACCCAAAACGUGGGUUUCCGAUUUAAAGUUACACGAAUAGAUGAAUUAAAACCGGAUUUUUAUAGCACCAGGCCGGAGAACCAUGUUAAAUUGUAUGCGCUGCAUCAGCCUACUGGGUGUUGUGCGGCACCCGCAUUGCUUUCGUCCAUGCUUUUCAAUUACGCCGGCUUUACGACGACUGCACCGGGCAGCCCUUCAGUUUUCGCGAAAAAAAUCGGAAACAAACGUGUCGGCGCUAUUUAAACCGGUGCAGGUACAGGCGAACUCAGAGUCCGAGGACGUGGGCUCCGAGUUGGUUGGAAAACUGGAAAAGGUUGAGCUGCUGAAGAUUCUCAAUAAGUUCACACAACGCCGGGAAAUCAAGUCUCUUUGCAGCGAAAAUGGGCUAGACGCUUAUUUACAGCAACAAGCAUUCGGCUCAUUCCGAAGAUACUGUAUCGAAGCGGAAAAUCUUCCUGUGGACCUGCACAUAACUUUCAGCGACAUUACACAAGGAGCAGGUCAUAUAGAUAACAUUUUCCCAUACUUUCUGAGCCAUGCAAAGACAGUGUUUCCGCACCUGGACUGCAUGGACGACCUAAAGAAGAUCUCCGACCUUAGGCAGCCUGCAAACUGGUAUAGCAAUGCUCGCGCCAUUACGCGAAAGAUAGUGUUUCACGCGGGACCUACGAACUCCGGAAAGACUUUCCAUGCCAUGGAGAGGUUUCUAAAAGCGAAAUCCGGCGUUUACUGUGGACCCUUAAAGCUUUUGGCCACUGAAGUGUACAACAAAGCCAAUGAGCUGGGAACCAAUUGCGACUUAGUGACCGGGGAAGAGCGCAAGUUUGGUAUCAGCGAAAGUUCUCCAGCGAACCAUGUCGCGUGCACUGUCGAAAUGACAUCGGUCAACACUCCAUAUGAGGUGGGUGUAAUCGAUGAAAUACAACAGAUCCGUGAUCCUCAGCGCGGAUGGGCAUGGACGCGGGCUUUCCUCGGACUGAUCGCGGAUGAAGUCCACGUAUGUGGGGAACCAGGUGCGUUGGAUCUGUUGCAAAAAAUUUGUGAAACCACCGGUGAAACAGUUGAAGUUAAGCGAUACGAUCGUCUUACUGAGCUGACAGUAGAAAAUAGUGCUCUCGGAUCAUUGGACAAUGUCGUACCCGGUGAUUGCAUCGUGUGCUUCAGCAAACAUGAUAUAUAUUCAGUUUCACGCGAAAUAGAGGCUAGGGGCAAGGAGGUAGCUGUAAUAUAUGGCGGUCUACCACCUGGUACCAAGCUCGCCCAAGCUGCCAAGUUCAAUGAUCCAGCAAAUAGCUGCAAGGUAAUGGUUGCGACAGACGCAAUCGGAAUGGGCUUGAAUUUGAGCAUUCGUCGAAUCAUAUUUUAUUCCUUGAUCAAGCCGACGAUGAACGAGCGCGGAGAGCGUGAAAUCGACACAAUAUCGGUUUCAUCAGCCCUUCAGAUUGCGGGAAGAGCGGGCCGCUUCCACACUCAGUGGGAGCACGGAUUUGUAACUGCCCUCAAGCCUGAGGACUUAAAGACUCUGCAGUGCAUAUUGGCCCAGACUCCUGACCCAUUGAAGCAGGCGGGCUUGCAUCCCACUGCAGAUCAGAUUGAGCUCUACGCUUACCACCUUCCAAGUUCAUCCUUAAGCAACCUAAUGGACAUAUUUGUAAAUCUGUGUACUGUUGAUGAUUCUCUAUACUUUAUGUGCAACAUCGAGGACUUUAAGUUCUUGGCCGAGAUGAUACAACAUGUUCCACUGCCUUUGCGGGCCCGCUACGUAUUUUGCUGUGCCCCAAUCAAUCGCAAGAUGCCCUUUGUUUGCUCCAUCUUCCUUAAGUUAACACGGCAAUAUAGCCGUAAUGAGCCUAUUAGUUUUGAUUUCAUUCGAAAGAACUGUGGCUGGCCAUACAAGCUACCGAAAACUAUCUUGGAUUUAGUCCACCUGGAGGCAGUUUUUGACGUAAUGGAUUUGUAUCUUUGGCUAAGCUAUCGGUUCAUGGAUCUUUUUCCCGAUGCAACCAACGUUCGAGAAGCUCAGAAGGAACUGGACGGGAUUAUACAGCAAGGCGUCUUUCAAAUAACUCGCUUGCUGAAGAACACUGAGGCUAGCCAGGACGGAGAAGCUUCAUAUUAUCCACCGCGUCGAAUGACUCGCGUCAAGGAACCACGCCUUCCCAGCUUGUCGCGUGGACGUCUUACCGAAAGGCUUCUCGCGCAAGGGCUGUUGACCCCUGGUAUGCUUAGUGAGCUACGCAAAGAAUGGGACACCCAGCAAGUUUACAAUUUAAACCCACGUUCUAAGGAUAGUUCGGAACUAAGUGCGGAAAAUGAUGACGAUAACAAUGACUCAGAGACCGUACGAAAAAUUGGGAAAAAACGCAGAAAAUAAACUACGAGGUGUCAAUUAAGUAAUAUUAAAAUGAUUCUUUGAUAUUCAACAAUGACAAUAUAAUUCUUAAAUUGAAGAGUAGAAAUAUGGUAUCCGUCUCAGUAAAAAUAAUAAUUAGUUUAUUUUCUUGCAUUUUAUGAGGGAGUUUCUACUCAGAGUCUGAAAUACUUGACAACAACUCCGCACUUGAGCUAAUUGCGGUUGUAAUGUUAAAAUUGAAAAGUGUGUAAUAGAUCCCUUCCGAUUAGUUAAAUAAAUUGAGCCUCGCUUUCCUUCCAAAAUGUAGUUGCAGACUUAGGUUAUAUAUACAUUUAUCAUUUGUUGUAACAACGAACACACAUUCACUUUCAUUGCAAUUAUAAAAUAUUCGACACUCAAGACAAAAAGAUUUUUAACAGAUAUACAUAAAUAUUAUGAAUUCCAAAUACAUUUUUAUGGUUUCAUAUAGAAAUUACCGUUAAGUUUCUUGCACGCUUAUUGCCAUAGCUUAAGUUAUUUUUUUAUGCUGCGAUUCAACUUGAGUGAAAAAAAUUGUUUAGAUAUUUAUUAAAGCUUUCCAUUUUAGGUUUAUAAGUUAAACUUAUUUCAUUCACGCAGAUUUAAUGCAAAAACUAAAUUCUCUUAAUUAAUAGAGUUUUUGGUAAUCGAAUCACACCAAUCGUGCCGGUUAUUUUAUUUGAGGACCAUUUUUAAGCCGAUGUCAAGUAAAGCUCUAUGAAGCCCAAUCGCAGGUUAUAUUAUGAUUUUAUAAAAUUUUUGUUACCAAAUUAUCUUCUCUCUUUAUCUUAUAGAACAGAUAAAUUUUUGUAUUUUUCUGAAUAUCAAAACUGAUACUGCAUAUUAUUGAUCAAAAUAUGAUUUUUUGUUUUAAUGUAUGUAAAUUUGCAGGUAAAACGUAUGUAUAUAUGUACGAUUAUUUUUACUAAAAUUAUUCCUAAGUAUUUUUGGUUUUCAUAUUCAAUUUUCAUAUUUUUGGUAAUAAAAAAGUGCUAGAUUUAACAGACUUUGGGCAGCCUAUGCCAGGGUUAAUACUUAAAUAUCAGGAUGCAGAAAUGUUUAUUACAAAAAGUUGCCACUCAUCCUUAAAUUAGUUCAGAUGAACAAAUGAUGCACCUCCGGUUAUUCAUAUCGUAUUCAUUAUCACAAACAAUCGUAAAAUUCAAAUUUUGAGUAGUAAUUUAAGUAUUUGCAUGCACUUUGCGU